UAGUCGAAUCGUAAAAAAGGCGCUGUUGUUCUUUAAGGCGGCAGGUGAAAAUUUAAUCAAUAAGUUUAAUUCAUGAUUAAUCAACGUAGAUUGUUCAGUGUUUCGUAAUAAAUGUUCAAAUAUUUAUACAUUAACAAUUGUUUUCGUAUACAUUUCUUAAAUGCAGAACAUAUAACCUCAAAAUUAAGUUAUUGUUUUAUUACACGUGCUUUUGUGUUUACAAUAAACGAUUUUCAGAAGCUUGAAUAUUGAAAACGAUGACUGAUGAAGAAGAGUGUCCAACUUUAACAGACCUUACUUGUGGUGUUAAUGAGGAUGACGAUUCUGAUGGAUGGGAUGAAAUGGAAGUUAGUGGAGAACAAACGACAUGUUUGUUUUGCCCAUUACAAUUUCACACAAUAGCUGUAGCGUUAGAUCACUGUCGAUCUGAACAUAAUUUUGAUUUACUUGCAUUGAAAAAUAAGUAUAAUAUGGAUUGUUAUUCGUACAUAAAAAUGAUAAAUUAUAUAAGGCUGCAAAAACCAGAUCCAAAGAUUUUAACAGAAUCGUCUAUUGCCCUUUGGGAUGAUGAUGUGUAUUUAAAACCAGGGGAGAUGGAAACUUGGUUGAUGUACGAUUUUGAUGAUCUGGGAAGUGCACCUUCAACACCUCAUUAUGCAAUUGAUGGGAAAACUCCAAUAAGUAAUAUAAAUUUUUCUGACUUGCAGAGACAGAUACAGGAAUUAAAUAUGCAGGUUAGACAUAAGGAUAUGUUGCUCGAAAAUUACUUAAAGGAUAUGGAAAAAAUGAAAGAAGUAACAAGAACCAUUGUAGAUUCUGGAGACAAUGGUACGAGGAAAAUACAAAGUAAUUUUAACUCAACUGGCUGUGAUAGUAGUGAUUAUUUUAACUCGUAUUCUCAUUUUGGUAUUCACCAUGAAAUGUUAAAUGAUAAAGUGAGAACUGAGAGUUAUAGAGAUGCAAUAUUAAACAAUAUGCAAUUAUUUUCUGGCAAGAUAGUUCUAGACGUUGGUUGUGGUACUGGAAUUUUGUCAAUGUUUUCUGCAAAAGCUGGAGCACAGAAAGUUAUUGGAAUUGACCAGUCAGAAGUUGUUUAUAAGGCAAUGGAUAUUAUCAGGGAAAAUAACCUGCAAGAAACAAUUCAUUUAAUAAAGGGGCAGGUGGAGAAGACAACUUUACCUGUAGAAAAAGUGGACAUUAUUGUUUCUGAAUGGAUGGGAUAUUUUUUACUUUUCGAAGGCAUGCUGGAUAGUUUUAUCUAUGCUAGAGAUACUUAUUUGAAAACAGACGGGGUCGUAUUACCUAAUAGGUGUAACAUCAGUCUAGCAGGGAUUUGUGAUUUAGAAAGGUAUAGUAAAGUCAUAGAUUUCUGGGACGAUGUGUAUGGUUUCUCAAUGAAAUGCAUGAAGGCCGAAGCUUUGAAAGAAGCCUUUGUUGAGACCGUGCCUCCAGAAAAAGUCCUAACAGACUCCGCUGUUGUGACAGAUAUAAAUUUAAGGACGUGCAACGUAAACGCGUGUAUUUUCAGUUCGAAGUUCAAGCUUACCGCUAAUAAAGACGGAACUCUGACUGCUGUUGCUGGAUAUUUUGAUACAUUUUUCGACUUGGAAAACAGCGUGGAAUUCUCGACAGGACCUCAUAGUACAAAGACUCACUGGCAGCAAACCGUGUUCUUUUUAGGAGAAACCGUAAAUGUGAGAAGAGGCGAAGUCAUAGAGGGCACCAUAUCUUGUACGAGACUCACCAAAAAUGUGCGAGGGCUAUCGGUUGCGAUCACAAUCAGAAAAAAUAAGUAUCAGUACUAUCUAGAUUAACGAUUUUUAUUAUCUUUUA